CCGCCCUUAAAAACACACUCACACGAAUCAAUCUCCAUUCAUUCAGUCCCCCUCAAUAUCGAACUUUUCACGAUGCCUUCUUACACUCUCUUCUUCCUCCUCGGUCUCCUUCUCCCUCUCGUAGCCUCAGCCGCAAGGCAUGCCACCGGACCCUUGACCGGAGGGUGGCAGCCGAUAGAGAACCUGAAGGACCCGCAAGUGCGACAGAUUGCAGAGUACGCGGUGGCGGAGUACAACAAGCAAACGAAGACGGACCUGAAAUUGAGCAGCGUGGUCAAAGGCGAGUCUCAGGUCGUCGCCGGCACCAAUUACAAGCUCGUGCUUUCGGUCAAGAACGGACCUGUGACCAAGUACGAGGCCAUCGUUUGGGAUAAGCCUUGGCAACAUUUCAGAAAUUUGACCUCUUUUAAGCCAGUUUAAUUAGUUAGUUACUUCUUCUAAUGUGUGGAAUUUUGUUUCCUAUAUCAGCUUUAUAUAUGUAUCUAUGUAUUGAUAUAUAUAGCGUGUGUAAUAUCUUUUGUGGAUAAUAAAAAAUAAGUUUUAUUUUUCUUCA